GCAACAAAGUGACACAGGAACAAAAGGGUGAGCAAGACUUUUAGGUAGCCCAGAGAGAACUUAAGAGAGAGAGAAGCAGUGGGAGUUUCAGUUGGCUUCAAGCGGGCAAUGACUUCGCAGCGCUACCUCACCGUGUACAGGGAACAGUUUGCCUCGCCCGGGCGGGUGGAGCGAACGCCACUUCGACCGACUUCUGCCCACAGGAGGAACAACCCUCAGCCAAAGCCGGAUUUUCUUUUUCCACGUAAUCUAAAGACCUGUACCAAACCAUGGCACAGACCCCUUCAACCUACAUGUCCCGUGUUCACUGGCCGUCCCUUCCUCCCCCCUGUCAGGCUUUUGUCAUCCUAUAGUCCGGUCAAGACUUGUCCCGUCGACGCUGCGGGCCCGAGGAGACCCCAACACAUGCCCGCCAUAAACCCACCCGCAGUGCAAGACCUGCAGAAACAACCAUUCCCCGCCUGUGUCCAGGUCCACUCAGCGAGGAAACAUGGAGGCCUACAUCCGUGGAAAAAAUCCGAUAUUCGUGAUAGUCUUCCAGCUCAGCAAACAACAUCGAGCUGUUUCCACGUGGUGAAGCCCCGCCAGGCGGCUCGUUACGUCAUCCACCCACAGUUCGUCUCAGAGCCCCGCCAUUGAGACCAUAGCAAGAGGAGCUGCGUUGAAGAAUCCUUCAACAAUCUAAUGGUUUAGUCCUAACCCACUGAAGAUGAAUCAUGUGCAGUGAAUUAUUUGGUAAUUAUGUUUGCUUACUCCCUAACAUGAAUA